AUGGAAGUCAGUCUGUGGGGGAUUAUCAGCAGCAUCAGCAGCAGCAUCCACCUCCUCGGGAUCCACCUCAUCGGCAGCCUCCUCCUCCUCUGGUACGGGCUCCGCGGGGAUCGGAGGCUCCGGAAACCCAUCGACCCAUUGAACACCGUUCCUCUCCCGCAACAGCAGCAUCUUCCUAAUCGUCGUGCUGCCAAAGAUGAGGGUGUCCCCCUCCUCGGUGCACCCCUGCAGUGA